AAAAGAAAUCGUGCACAAAACAUCAGAACGGCCGAAAAAUGCGUGGGAUUUCAUCGGUGAUUCACACCUUUUAGAGAGCUGGUAGAUAAUAACUCCAAAUGGAACCAUUUUAAUCUACAAGUUAGAAAUCUUCACAAAGUCACAGCCGUUCUUUGACACCUGACCAUGGCACCCAUCCUAACACCCCAAUCCCAGGCACAAGCCCAGAUGAGCCUUACCCCAGUACCGGGUCAGAGGGCGUCAUCACCCAGCGGCACAAACAGCAUCUCCCUGGGUUUACUCUUGGAUUUCUUGACACAGAAGACCUAUCAUGAACUGACAGUGCUGUCUGAGCUGCUACCAAGAAAAACCGAUAUGGAGAGGAAGAUCGAGAUCGUGAAGUUUGCACGAAGUACAAGGCAGUCUUUUGUCCGACUCUUAGCACUGGUGAAGUGGGCCAGCAGUGCUGCCAAAGUGGACAAAUGCGCUGCAAUUUCUUCCUUUCUGGAUCAGCAGUCGCUGCUGUUUGUCGACACGGCUGACAUGCUCUCUCACAUCGCCAGAGAGAAUCUCGUCCAUGCUAGAUUGCCAAAUUUCUCUCUCCCUGUUGCUGUGGAUGUGUUGACGACAGGACAGUACAAGAGGAUGCCGACGUGUAUAAAGGAAAAGAUAGUACCGCCCGACCCGAUAUCACAAAAUGAGAAAGCCAAUGUCCUUCAACGCCUCAACCAAAUCAUCCAGCAUCGUCUGGUCACCAGUAAAUUACCAUCUCAGCUGUCAAACCUAUCCAUUGUUGAUGGAAGAGUAAAAUUCAGUGUCCCCCAAGAAUUUGAGGCUACAUUAACACUGAUGGGUGAUGAUCCAGGUAUUCCAUGGAGGCUGCUGAAUAUAGAAAUCCUAGUCAGUGAUCCUGACACUGGAGAUGGAAAGGCCUUAGUUCAUCCCAUGCAGAUAAACUACAUCCAUCAACUUCUUCAAUCCAGACUCUUCGGCGAUGAGAACACACUGAAAGAUAUGUACAACUGCUUACACAGCUUUUGCCAGUCGCUGCAGUUAGAAGUUCUUCACUCUCAGGCUCAGAGGCUGAUUAGAGAACGAUGGGGAGAACACGUCAUGAUUGAUAAAUACACUCCGGGUCAACUGCUGACCUUGGCUUACUGGAGGACACAGAGCUUCAACAUUGGUAAACCCGAGAUCUACAGCCUAUCCAUUGGGAUUGACACCAAUGAUACAGCCAAGCCCCUCCAGAUCAACCAUGAACCCCAGCUGUCAAUGGAAGAAGCCACUGAUGUGAACAGGGCAAUCAGGUGUGAUAGACUUUCAAUUGAGCGGCUGCUGGUGGAGACUAUUCUCAUGAGGUCAAAGGUCAAACUCAAAGAAUUGCAGAUCCUUUUGGAGAAAGAACUGACCAACGUUAAGACUAUGAUUGAGGGCACACCAGCCAUUCUGUACAUGCCAAUCAUCGAACCUUGCAGCCAAUCAGAGUAUCUGACAAUAACCAUUGACAUGCAGACGGGGACCUACCAGCCGUACAUUGCUCAUGCUGAUUCCUUCUUACUGGAAGAAUUGGAGUAUUGUCUCAACUCAGAGUUCAGCAAACUCUACCAGUAUAUAUCUAAGAUAAGAUAUAUGCUGAGUGUGUACCACUGCAAGCAGUCUAUACUACAGCUGCCGUGUACGUGUUCUGAAAAGCUCCCUCUAGUGUCCAUCUCUGAAGAACACCCCCUCGCCAAGCUAUCGCAGAACCGACUCUACAUCCGUCUCAUAAAGCACAAGAAUUACUAUGUGGUCGUGGAAUUCAACAACAGUAAGAACCAGAACCAAUUGCAGACCAGGUACUACCUGUUCCAUACCAAGAAGGCUCCAUUCUAUGACCAGGCCAGCGGGGGUGAAACACCAUCCCAGACUGAAGGAGAGACGGGGAAUACCUUCUUAGAACCUCUCAGCCUUGUGCCCCUUGAUGCCAAGAGCUGCACCCACGGCCCGGACACGGUCAUAGAAGCUGAAGAGUGUGGGCGUCUGAAGAAGAGGAAGCUGGGAUCAUCGUUGGUGAGUUUCAAGAAGCAGCGGACGAGUAGAUACUGCGAGUAUUUCCAGCGAGAGUUGGCUCACAUCAUCGCACUCUGUGAUCGUAGAAUACCCUUCAUUUCACUCUGUGAAGAGCUUGUUGAUCAAAACCUACCAUUCCAGGGAGUGCAAGUGGAGGCUGAUGGCAUUGGACUAGUACUUAAACUCUGCAGUUUACCGGCCACGAGCAGUAUUUCUGAAGAAACUCGGACGGCAGUGUGUAAUGCUCUACUGGAGUGCUCGUUCAGACUGCUGGGCAGGAACCAUUUACGCUGGCAAGUUCAGCUUCUUUUUGGCAACUGUCCUGUUAAAAGCACGUUACCAAGGGAACAAGGUCCAGCACGAUGUAUGUACCUGAGUUACGAGUUAACCGGUCCCAUAGUCAAGCAGUUACUUCAUGACUGGAAGGCAGUUGGUAUGCUGUACCAACCUGUACUGGAACUGGCAACGGUCAUCAACGAUCCCGACCAACCACUGAGCUCUCUUGUUGAAGUCCGUAGCUACACGUACCAGAAAUUGACGCUGCAGUACGGCAAAGACAAAACCAACACGGUGACAAUUGUUGGUGACUCCAGGGAAUCCAAGUUCCACCUGUUGUUAGCUGUUGUUGGGUCGGCCACAGCGUCCAACAGCCACAUGCUUGUACAUCACCAACUCCAACAUGAGUUUAAUGCGCAUCGUAGCCUUGUCAGGCUAAUGCAGAACAUGUGUGACAGUCAGCUUUUGUUACAAGCCAUCAGUAAGCUGCCCAUAACGCCAGCCCUAGGUCUAUCACCACAGGCCUCGACUCCAGCUCAUAUGUUUGUAAUCAUUCCCCAAUCCAGCAUUCACAUCAGAGUCAUCUUCAGGAAGACCUACUGCCUGGAUAUCUUAUGUAAAGGAAAAAACACUGUCACCAUCAGAGACGGAGCCUACUGCCUCUUUGAUGUCAGCAAGGUGGUUGAAGGAUUAACCCCUACUGCAAGUCUUAAGACAUUUCUGGAGAUGUUCGUUGACGAGUCAGUGUCCAACAUGCGUCGACGCUCCGUCAAUGAAGACGACAACCCGCCAUCACCCAUCGGCAUGGAUACCGGUGACUCGUUCCUGAUGUCUCAACACCACUCGGUCCCCUCUCCCAUGGCUAGACUGGGCGGGGCAACAUCGGGAGGGUUCGCCCAUCCGAUGACCCCGCCUACUGCAAUUAGCACGAGUAAUCCGGCCACGCCCGCUUCACCACACACAUCCAUGCUCUCUCAGCCCUACAGCAUGUCACCAGGUGCAAGUGGCUACCCUCUGGCUUCACCUCCAUCUAUCCCAUCAAACAUCGUCCCGUCACCCUCAUCAACGAUGCUCAGCACAGCCUCACCAGCUCUGGCAGCUGGAUCACCAAGUAACAUCCAUCACCACGCUCCAUCUCCUGGUUCCUUCGUCCCUACACCGUCUCCAAACAUUCAGAUGCACUCCCCGGCCACCGGGCCAUUCAUCAGCCCACAGAGUAUUUCGGAUAAUGCGAACUCGCCGUAUCCAAACAUGGGACUAGCUAUGCCGUCACCAGGGCAACGUAACUGGCCAGCAUCCCCGUCGGUCCCGGGCCCCUCUCCAAUUGGCCGCUACGGUGUGGCCCACUCUCCAGGCAUGGCUGCCACCCACUCCCCAGGGAGCAGUGGUUUAGGUCAGACCACGGGAUCCUUCCAGUCGGCAGGUCCGAUGACGAGUCGGCCUGCCCGCCACCUCCCGUCCCGUUCCUGGGCGGCAUCCAUCCCGACAGUGCUCUCCUGCGAGGCCAUCAAUAAGCUGUUCAGCCCCGCCCCGCCGCCAGGGGUUGUCGGGGGACCAGCAGCCCACAUGUGCUCCCCUAUGGAGAGAUUUUUGGGAUCAGUGUUCAGCAAGAAACAUCUGCAGAGGGUGCUGCAGAUGAUGGGGGAUACGCUUCAAGUGAUUCCGUCCAAUGAGCCUGGUGUGCUGCAUUUCCACUCAGACUCCUUGCAGUAUUGGGUCGCUCUGAAUCCCAACACAAUGCAGACUCUACAUCUACAGGUCAAACCUAACCAAGAUUCAAAGGAACGAUGGACUGCUGAUGAAAUGCAAGUAUUGGAACGAUAUUUUGAUACAAAGGUUGUCUGCCCUCCGUACAAACCCAAUGCCAUCCAGGCCUUUACGCGGGCCCUGAGCGCUCCGAUACGCAUGAUGAAGGACCUGGUGCAGUUGAUGCGACUGGAGUUGUUACCCGACUGGACACUGAAGUGGACUCUCCAAUGGUGCCUGACCAUCCCGCCGAAUGACCCUUCCGGACUGGCAUCGGCCGGAACUGCAGCUAUAGUCAUCAAGAACAAGAUGCUGAUAUUUAUUCAACUGACCCGCAUUGGGGUCAACCUACCACCAGGUCAGGACCCUCAGACAGUCAUUAUUCCAAUCAUCCACGACAUACAGAACAACACCACCACACAAGCAGACCUCCAGAUGAAGCGUAAAACUCCGGCCACAUCCAGCAUAGCGACAGUCAGCAACAUGCUCAAAAGAUGGAAUGAGUUGUGCCAGAACAAAGUUGAUUGCACCAUAUUUGCAGCGAUUCGUGACUUGAUGGCAAACUUGGUGAUACCUCAAUAAGCCUGGAAUUUCAUCUCUGAGAGGGCAAGGCCAUUUUCAAAGGCAAUCUGCAAAAGGGCACCAAGACCAAGACCAGGGGUAACAGAGGCCAUGGCCUGCGCGGCCUCUUUGUUAUUCCAGUCCAGAACUGAUUAGGAACACUCUUUAAAGUGACACGUUGCCUUGGUUGGACGAGUUGGUCUAUAAAAAGCAUUUAAAACCGUUUGUUAUGAA